AUGACGACUUAUAAGCUUCCAGAUCUAAAAGUUGGUCAAGGAUCAUCUAGCACUAUAUAUCUUUUUGGUGAUCCAAAUGUUCCAGACAAUAAACUCAAUGUGAUCGAGGCUGGUUGGCAUAUUUCACCCGCCAUGUACGAGACCAGUUAUCCUCGAUUUUUUACUUAUUGGACAGAUUCUAAUACAGGGAAUUGGUGGGUUACAUAUAAUGAUCAGCUACCUCUUGGGUAUUUCCCUAAGGAAUUGCUUCCAAAGAUGAAUGAUUAUGCAAAAGUUGUUCAAAUGGGUGGACAUGUUUACUCUCCCUUGAAUGUGCCAAGUCCUCCAAUGGGCAGUGGUCAUUCAGGCCAUGAAGGACCUAAUAGAGCUGCUUAUUUCAUUCAAGUUCAGUUUGUGGAUCAGUCGAAUAACUUGUUUGUUUUGAAUUCUAAUUUUCUUGAGCCUAGGGCUGAUAUAAGUGAUUAUUAUAGUAUAGCGGAUAAUCGUUAUGUAGAUGAUAAAGUUAAAUAUGCUUUUGCUUAUGGGGGAGCUGGAGGUUUCAAAUAA